ACAUCGCCUCGUGCCUCCGUCCACUAGCUAGAUCGAGUCGACCAUGGCGUCUUCCGGCCCUCUCCUUCCCACCCUUCUGGUGCUGCUCGCCGCCGCCGCCGCAACCGCGUCGGCGGCAGGUGCGCGGCCGGCGAGUACGACGACGGCGACGACGUUCGUCCGGGCCGCCGACCUCGCGGACCGGCUGGAGGGAGCGGUGUCGCAGCAGUGCUGGGAGACGCUGCUGCACAUCAAGUCGUGCACGGGGGAGAUCAUCCUCUUCUUCCUCAACGGCGAGGCGUACCUGGGGCCGGGGUGCUGCCGCGCCAUCCGCGCCAUCGAGCAGCGCUGCUGGGCCGCCGACCUCAUGCUGUCCGUCAUCGGGUUCACCCCGGAGGAGGGGGACAUGCUCAAGGGCUACUGCGACGCCGGCGACGACGACAACAACAACGGGCCUCGCCAUAGCUUCGGCGGAUCGUCCCCGGCCCCGCCGCCUCGUCGCGCUCUUGGCGCCGACGGCGUUGCAACCGGAGCCGGCACCGUGGCCGCCGCGGCGGGAAGGAAAGGGCUCGGUGCGCCGGUAGGCUGAGUAGUGUGUGUGCCCACGUCCGUCCACGUAUGUUCUCGUGCGUCCUGAGAUGCAUGCUUGUUGCGAAGCUGGAAGGCGAGUGGUUGCUAACCCCAGCAAAUCAAGAUCGAAUAAUAAAGAUGUAAUGCUCGUUUUAUCAUAUUAUAUUCACUUUCACUUGGGCUAA